AUGGCGACCACAGUCAAGGUCGUGUCGGUCGACAUGCGCCAGGCCUCCAUCAAGGUCACACCCUCGACGUAUCUGACCGAUGUGCUGGAGCAAGCCUGCAAGAAGUUCAACCUUUCGCCAGACAAGUACUUGCUCAAACACAAGGAGAAAGAGCUCGAUCUUUCCAAUACCUUUCGCAAUGCUGGCCUGAUCGCUGGCGCCAAGCUCGAGCUCAUCACCAAGUCCAAGACGCCUGGAGCAUUGAACAUUGCCCUUCAGCUACCUGAACCCGAGGCCAGAGCUUUCGGUGCACCGAGGGCUACGGCCAGACUACCCAGUGACACGACUGUGUGGAAGGUCCUUAGGCAUUUUGAGAGCACCGUCUGCGCCGGAAGGGUGAAUAUCACCGCUAGAGGUAUUCCUCAGACCGGCGUCAGCAGUGGAAGUGGCCAAUUGUACUAUGAAUCGCCAGCCCUACAGAUAGAAAGUCGGAGCCUGACAAGUUUCGUCGACUUUCAGAAGACCAUGAGCCAGCUGGGUUACAAUAAGGGCAACGUACUUAUACGGUUAUCCUUUCAGACAUCCGAAAGAACAUUUGUCGAUGCAACCAACGAUAUCUCCCAGUAUUUCGAGGAGGAAGCCAGCGUUCAGCAAGAGAGAGAGGCAGCAAAGGCCACGGCACUGGAAGCGGAGACCCAGGUUACGCGCAACAACGCUCAAGAAGCGGCUUCAGAAGUGCCACAAAUCGUGCCGGAAGCUGUGACUCCAGCUCAUGAAGAUGCUACGGCACAGGCACCAGCCAUAACCGCAGAGCCAUCUGUACCAGAGCCCAUGGAAGUUGACACAGCGUCUGAUCCCUUGGCGCCGACAGCUAUCUUCUCCGCUCCAACGAAUUCUACGCCGGCAGCAGCACAUACUACCGAGUCUGAUGAGGUUUAUGUACCAGGUAUCGUACAUGCACAACUGCACCAACAACGUCUCAAAACGGCCGGUAUGAACAAGCGAUUACUGUCGGAUCGAGAACUUGAGGAAAAGGCUGCAGCUGAGCAGGCUAAGAUUGCCGCCGUAAAGUCCGUUGACGUCCGCGUGCGUUUCCCUGACCAAACUCUGGGUCAAUGGAAGAUCACACCAGAGUGGACUGGCCACACGCUGUACAAGGCCAUACGAGACGUCAUGGCGCACAAGGAUGCCCAGUUCCACCUGGUCGUACCUGGCCGGCCAGUCGUUACGAUAAAAGACGAGGACGGACCCUCUGCCCAGCUGGUAAAAGGCUAUGGCUUCAGACAAAACACCUUACUCAACUUGGUGUGGGACGGCUCAGCGACCGCCAAUGUGCGGAACGGACCGUUCUUGAAGGCUGAGCAACAGAAAAAGGCCGUCGAGGUUGUCGUGCCAGAGGUGCCCCAGGGUGAGGAGGAAGACGAGGUCGCCGCCCCAACCACAGCAAAGCCAGUGCCGCAGCGAAAGGAUGGCAACGGAGAUGGUAAGAAGGGUGUGCCCAAGUGGCUCAAGCUGGGCAAGAAAUAA